GUCUACAUUCAUACUUCAGUCAUGUGAGUCGAGUGCGGUGGGCCGUGCCAUAGUGAUAGACUAGGGCUAGUAAUUAAUUGCUAAAGAUCACCACAAGCAGCUAGUCACACAGAUUUCCUUUUUCAGACGGAAAGAAAAUAAUGGCACAACAAGGUUACCCACCUCCUGGUGCCCCACCACAACAAGGUUAUGGUGCAACUUCUCAGGGCUAUGGGGCACCUCAGCAGGGCUAUGGGGCACCUCCACAGGGCUAUGGGGCACCUCAACAGGGCUACGGUGCACCUCAACAGGGCUACGGUGCACCUCAACAGGGCUACGGUGCACCUCAACAGGGCUAUGGUGCACCUCAACCACAAGGUGCACCUCCACCGCAGCAAGGCUAUGGUGCACCUCAGCCACAAGGUGCACCUCCACCACAGCAAGGCUAUGGUGCACCUCAACCACAAGGUGCACCUCCACCGCAGCAAGGCUAUGGUGCACCUCAACCACAAGGUGCACCUCCACUGCAGCAAGGCUAUGGUGCACCUCAACCACAAGGUGCACCUCCACCACAGCAAGGCUAUAGGGCACCUGCACCACAACCAGGAUCUCAGCCGGCAGUCUGGACUCCCGGUGCUGUUGCUGAGGGCGCCCCUCCUUACCAGUUUGCCAAUGCUGCCGAUGCCGACCGAGAAGAUAACGAGAACGCGACCGAGGGCGGUGACGUAAAUCCCGACGUGAACUCGUUGCAACCUGUGCCGGGAUAUGAGACUGUGGCUUUCGGGGAUGGACCUCCAGUGCCUCCCCCUGCUUAUGAACCUCCUUCGGAAGGUGACCGCCCUCAAGAAGUCUUUGACUCGAAAGAGGAUAUUGGAGAGGAGGCUGUAAAGGCGGCCAUUUUGGCUUACGUGGACAAACACUGCUGCUACGGUUCCAGACCAGCCAAGAACAUGACCAUAAGGGAGAUCAUUCCAAGUCAAGCGCUCCACUAUCAGCUGGAAACCUUCAACGAAGCAAGGACGACAAGUCGCAAUUUCACACCUUACGCUGGCGGGUUCGUAGACGGGCCCCAGAACGGUGCGCCCCCGCCUGCGUGGUCGAUAUUGUGCAAGCCGGACCAACCGUUCGUCACUCACAUAAAGAAUCUAGAAGUCCCUCACACUUCGUUUGUCCAGCAAUGCCAUCGGUGUCAUGGAUGUGGUUUUGUGAUGUGCGGACGCUGUUACGGACGGGGACGGGUUCGUUGCAGUUCGUGUAGUGGAAGUGGCCAUAGGACUGAAUACCGUGAUGGUCAUUCCCAUCAUGUUAGUUGCACCUGGUGCCAUGGUUCGGGACGACGCAGAUGUAACCGUUGUAGGGGUGACGGUAGAGUCGUAUGCCCGACUUGUAGCGGCUAUAGACAGCUUCGUCACUUCAUUAUGCUGACUGUCUCCUACACCAACAAUUUGGAGGACUACAUCUUGGAACGCUCGGACAUGCCCGACGAGCUGAUUAGGAGCGUCAGUGGGCAGACCAUCUUCCAGCAGACGUUGCCCCAUGUGUGGCCUAUAUCCCAAUACCCCGUCCAAGAAGUCAACCAGAACUCGAUUCGUAUAGUUGAAAAACAUCGCACCGCCUGGCCACAUGCUAUGACUCUGCAACAGCGUCAGACACUUCGCUCCGUACCCGUGACCGAAGCCCACUAUGAAUGGAAAAACGUCAACACUCGUUUCUGGGUCUAUGGCUUUGAGCAUGAGGUCCACGCCCCGGACUACCCCCACCAGUGCUGCUGGGGGUGUACUGUCCUGUAAGGUCAAUGAGGGGUCAGUGGGGGUCAAAGUUAGGAGUCAGCUGGGGUCAGUGUAAGGGGUCAGCUGGGGUCAAAGUGAGGGAUCACCUGGGGUCAAAGUGAGGGGUCUACUGGGGUCAAAGUGAGGGGUCUUUUAGGGUCAAAGUGAGGGAUCAGCUGGGGUCAAUGUGACAGGUCAGCUGGGGUCAAAGUGAGGGGUCAGCUGGGGUCAAAGUGAGGGGUCAGCUGGGGUCAGUGUAAGGGGUCAGCUGGGGUCAAAGUGAGGGAUCACCUGGGGUCAAAGUGAGGGGUCUACUGGGGUCAAAGUGAGGGGUCUUUUAGGGUCAAAGUGAGGGGUCAGCUGGGGUCAAACUAAAAGAGUCAGUCAAGUGGGGCCAAACUGAAGGAGUCAAGUGGGGCUAAACUGAGGUCAGGUGACCUGAGAUUUCAAAAGUGCAUGGGCAUUCCUGACAAAUAUAUCGGAAAUCGGCACAGCUACUUUUUAAUUUGAAUUGUUGUUUAACUUUUUUUAUUAUCAAAUGGUUCAAGUUUACAAAAUUAUGGCAGUCUGCCUUUGAUUCCAUUGUCUGUAUGAAUGCAGAGUACCGGUAUGACUAGAUCUGUAAAUUGUUAUGUGUUUGUAUAUGUACAUCAUGCGUGAUGGCUUUGUUGUGUGCUUCAUAUUAACAUAAUUAAAAGUACUUGCUAACAAUUAUUAAGUAUAUCCAGCUCAAAAUAUUUAAUUGGCAAUACCAAGUCUCCAAACUGUUUUAGAUGUAACCCUGGAGCGAAGUGUAGAAUUUUUUUAAAAAUUAGUUGAGUAUUUUAAGCUGUGUCGGGGCCCAAAUUCACGGUCCCGCUGUUAGACCAGAAUCAUGAUAAACGCAGAGAACAUUUUGUUUAGCAACACUUUUAUUAAUUGGGUGAUAUUUAGUGGUUAUUUUUUAGGUGCAGCAAGUGUUGUACGUAAUGGUAAUUAAAUUACCUUUUUCAAAGAAAUUUGUUUUUGAAGUACUAUAUGUCUGACAUGAACUAUAUAAUGUAAAGUAAUACAUGUAGCUACUUUGUGCUUGUGAUCAUUGUCAUGAUACUGAAAUUGCAUGAAACUUGCCUUACCUUUGCAACUGUCAUAGAAGACAUUUUUUUCUAAACUAUUCCAUAGUUCAAUAGAGAGCAUAAGUCUCUAAAAAGAAAUUGUAAUUACAUGUACAUCCUAACAAGUCUUCAUUUUUGUGUCACAUGAAUUGUUACAUUGCAGUGACAUUAUUUUGGUCUUUAAAAAUAAAACUUUAAUUUCUAUAAAAAAUAAACAGAUAUUCAAAUUUUAUAAACCUUAAAACUAUACCUUUAGUUGCAUGAUUUGUUUUUAAACCUUGUAGCGUUUUCAGAUUACCAGUUCUUAUAUAUCAAUUCAUCUCAUUUUUUUGUUAAUUAUCACACUUUAAUUAUCAAUGUUACUUUUUGAACUUUUUAAAUUAUCAUUCCUGUAUCACAAUUAAACAUCCUUAUUGUAAUGCAUUA